AUGAAACGACAGCAGCAAAUAAUGAGCAAUUAUUCAUUGCAAUUAAUUUUGGCUGUAUCUGUUGCAAUCAUUACUUAUGCUAUUUAUGCAAUUAACAAGGACUUUAGCGCUUCUCAUUCACAUAAUAUAGCUAUCGAUGGGUGGUUUGGUCGUGGAAAGAAACGAAAAGAUGAUGAGCGCAUUACACCUUUUAAAAUAAGUGUUCCCGAGGAAGCUAUACAGGAUUUGAAAUUCCGCUUAAAAAAUGCCCGAAUUAAUUAUGAGCCACUAGAAGAUUGCAAUGAUUUCUCAUACGGUUUUAACAGUAAAUAUCUCAAACAUGUGGCUAAUUACUGGCUUAACAAAUAUAAUUGGAAAUAUUAUGAAGGAAUUAUAAACACUUUGCCUCAAUUCACUACUGAAAUUGAAGGCCUUAAGAUCCAUUUCAUUCAUGCUAAACCGAUGCAUAAUAAUUACGAAGUUAUCGUUCCACUGCUCAUACUGCACGGUUGGCCUGGAAAUGUGUUCGAAUUUCUUAAAAUCAUUCCUCUGCUGGUGGAUCCAAUUCAGCAGAUUGGUUCUGAUAUUAGUGUAACCUUUGAAAUAAUUGCACCAUCAAUCCCCGGAUUCGGUUGGUCUGCUGCACCAAUAAAAAAAGGAUUCAAUACGGAAGUGGCAGCAAGAAUAUUCAAUAAACUGAUGAUUCGUUUAGGUUUCUCAAGAUAUUUACUGCAAGGUGGAGAUUGGGGAAGUAAUAUAGCUACAAACAUCGCCUUUUAUUAUCCUGAAAAUGUUAUUGGUUUGCAUUUGAACAUGGCGUUAGUAUUUAAUUGGAAGGCGCUGUUGUACACAGUAUUUGGCACUAUAGCACCAAGAUUAGCUUAUUCUUCUCAAACAUUUCAUCAACGAGCUACAGGCGCUUUCCUUAAGGAUAUGCUUGAGGAAACGGGAUAUAUGCACAUCCAGGCGACAAAACCGGAUACUAUUGGUGCAGCACUUAACGAUUCUCCAAUAGGUUUGGCAGCUUAUAUCCUGGAAAAGUUUUCAUACGGAACAAACACUACUUAUCGGUCACUUCAUGACGGUGGUCUCACAAAAAAGUUUACAUUGGAUGAAUUGUUGACCAUAGUAUCCAUUUAUUGGUUCAAUAAUAAUAUAAUAAAUGCCAUAAGGCUUUACAAGGAAUAUUUCCAGAAUACACCCAUUUUUAAUAAAUUCAAUCGGUACAUCAGUAUUCCAACCGGUUAUGCCGCAUUCCCGGAAGAUCUGAUGAAGCAGCCAGAAGAGCUAAUGCGUACCAUGUACAACAUAACAAAUUAUACGGAAAUCAAAGCUGGUGGACAUUUUGCUGCUUUCGAAGAGCCGAAACUUCUUGCUAGUGACAUCAUCAAAUUUGUUAAGACGAUUCAACUAGAGUGA